AUGACAUAUAAAAUAAUACUUAGAAAACAGAAUACAGCUUCAGAAAAAGAUAAUGAAACUAUCAGAACCUAUUAUUCAUGUGUUGACCUAUUGCUGUCUACUUCUCAAUCAAAAUAUGACUUGGCAUCAGGAGAUGUAUCAAGGAUAAUAAGUGAUACCUUUAUAUUCGGUAAAAUACCACCAAAUACGUUGAAAAAAGAUAAUUUUAUUAGUAAUUUACUAGAUGAUUUAAACUAUGUAACUCAAAGUGGCACUGCAACUUACGAAACUUUUUUGAAGGAUUUGUCAAUCAAAGAAAUUGAAGAGAAAGUUGCAAAUAAUGGCAUUACAAAAUCAACAUCAAGAAUAAUUGAUACAGACAAUGUAGAAAUAUUAGUAUGUGACAAAAAUACAAACACAGACACCAUUCAUGCAGUAUAUCCUUACGAUAUAAAUCCCGACGUGUCUACCAAGAGAAAAAGUAGACCUGACUCUAAACGAACCUUGAGUGUCCCCCCUAUGAUGUCUUUGAAGACACCUUCUCAAAUAUUAUCGAGAAGCACAGUUUCUAAAGCUAUCACGUGCAACAUGCACAAUUUUCAAACAGACAUGAUCCUAGUGGAAGCUACAAAUACUCAAAGCGAUAUCCUUAAUGAAAUCAAAUUAUCUAAAAUGGUUUCGAAAUUCGGCGACAUAUCCAGAAACACUAUCAAAAGUCUAUUUUUUACGUCUACCAAUAAAUUUCCACCUAAAAUGAGGAUUGAGCAAUAUGUUCAGUACAUGCAAACAGAACUCUUACCUCUAAAUAUAUUUCUUGACAAACUUAUAACUAAAUGUUCAGUACUUGGUCUAAACAGGAAUCAGUGUAGUAGUACUAAAGUCCCUAGCAAUAAUACCUUACUGUAUAAAUCUGUAAGUAUGACUAAGCGUAAAGAAACAGAAACUUGUGAGAAACCUAUAUCGAAUCGUGCUGUUUUUUCAAUUUUAUCUGAUGAUUAA